GGAAAAAGCAGCAACAACAUAAACAAUUCAGAUUUGCCCUUCCGAGCAGCGUCCACUCGCACGGCAAAUUUUGCUCCAUUCUUUUGGGAAGCUACCGCAACCCGUAUCUUCCCACGGCAGCCAUGGCAUCCGCAUCGAGCAGCAGCGCGAAGAAUCUGUUCAGCGACUCGAAACGGCGGCUGGCGGAACGGGUGGCCGUGAACGUGAACAAUGCCUCGUCCGUCGCCCGGCAGAUCGUGCGCGGCUCGAAAUCGAACGAGAUACUGAUGCAGGCGGCCAAGAACUUUGCCUACCACGAGAGCACGGUCGACAACAGCAUACAGAAUCUGAAGAAGAUGGAGAUCAUAUUCCAGCAUCUGAACUACCAGUACGAAGCGAUCGAGCAGGCGGCCGAGAAGCUGGAGUACGUCGAGGAGCAGGUGAAGGCCAUGGAAAGGUGAUAAAUCUGCGUGGUUCGGUGAGGCAGGGGGAUAAGAAAAAGGGGCGUUUGCGCCACAGCCAUAGUCGUCAGAUAGCUUGUUUGGCUUUCAAAGGAGCUGUUAAUGAGGUUACUGUGCCCAGCAACUGUCAUACAUUUUAGCUUUAUUUAUUAAACGUUUAGUUAAGUUCAUUCAA